GCUCUAGCACAUGAGGACAAACACACACACAAACCCAAACCGUCACACACCGUUCAGAUAUUCAUAGAUAGUUCUGGAAUUCCUAGUUUUAAUUACAAAAUAGUCAUAUAUUCACAUUAAGUAAAGCAUUAACAAAGCAGCCAAUAUGUCGGACUGGGAUACGGUAACCGUUUUGAGAAAAAAGGCCCCGAAGUCUAGCCAACUGAAGACCGAAUCAGCUGUUAAUCAAGCACGCCGCCAAGGUGUUGCAGUUGAUACUCAGCAAAAAUAUGGUGCUGGCACCAACAAGCAGCAUGUGACCACCAAGAACACUGCCAAGCUGGAUCGUGAGACUGAAGAAUUGCGGCAUGACAAGAUACCGCUCGAUGUGGGCAAAAUCAUUCAGCAGGGACGCCAGAACAAGGGUCUAAGCCAAAAGGAUUUGGCCACUAAAAUCUGCGAGAAGCAGCAAGUUGUCACUGACUAUGAAGCCGGACGUGGUAUUCCAAACAACUUGAUACUGGGCAAGAUGGAGCGUGUGCUUGGCAUAAAAUUACGUGGCAAGGAGCGCGGCCAACCAAUAGCGCCUCCCGGUAAAAAGUGAGAUGAUGCUGCGGCGUCCACUGCCACAGCGACAUCAGCUCCAACUCCCAGACAACAGCAUGCCAGACAACAACAAAAUGAGGCAGGUUGGAGCACUGUGAGCGGCAGACGCAAAUGAAGCACUAUCGGGAGGCUGUAAAACCAAAACUUGAGCAGCCGCACAACAACAACAACACACAAAACGAGAGAGGAGUAUGAACGAGUUACAAAUCAAGAAGACAAGAAAAGCAUAGAAAACAUUCAAGCGAAGAAGCAUGCAACAAUUUCAAAUAAGGCUACCAACUAUGAGCGCAAAAAACAACACACAUUACUCUCACAUUUGUUUUCAACUUAUUAGUUUGCUGACAACAAAUUGAAACAUUGUAAUUCACAAACAAUAUCACGCACACAAACAUACACACACACACACAGCUUGACAAAGUAACACAAUUCAAACAUUGAUAUUAAAAACAAAUAGAAGGACUUAAUAAAAGUCCUUGCAUUUUGUGCUCAUAGCUUGGGGCAAAUGUUUUUGUUCAUUUUGGCAUUUUGUUAUACAUAAAAAAGAAGAAAAGAAAAUGAAACUUGAUCUGAUUUAUGAAGCUAAUAUUUAUGCAUUAAAAUUAUGGCAUUGAAUACAUAUAAUAACACAUAAAAACCAAAAAACACUCGAAUUUCUUUCAAUUCCGAUUUGAAUCCUUUCUCUUCCCCAAACUCCACUCCCCACAAAAUACAUGGCUCAUCUAGUGGUUGUUCACAUCAUAAAUCUAAAUAUAUAUUUAGUAUAUAUAUAUUUAACAUUCAUAAAUUCUCAUGCAUCAUGCAAAGAUUAAAAGAAAAGAAAACAAAUACAUACAUAUGUGUACUAUUUUAGAGCUUAGCUGGUUUUUUUGUAAUCUAUAUCGUAUAUGUAUAUUGUAAUAAUACGUCUAGGGUCUUGAAAUGUGCGUUUACUUACAUACAGAUACAAGAAUACAUUAUACAUAUUAUACACACAACAAAAAUAUGCGAUAUGUAUUUUAGCAACUUUUUCUAGUCUAGUAUUUAAAACUUAAGCGGUAGACUUUUUUCAAUAUAUUUUCCUAUCGCAGUCAUUGGAGAAUUAACUUCCUUGCGUAAAAUUUAUGCAACUUACAAGAAAUCGACAAAAAAAAAACUAAUUAACAAAAAAGAAAAACAAUUAAAUAUAUACAAAUACAUAUGUACAUCAAUGUGUAGUGAAACAUUUUCCAAAAGCCAACAAAAUAAAUGUUUUUCCCCGUCUUUGAUGUAUAAUUAUAAAAUCGAUUCGUUUUCAGAUUUGCCGGGUUAAUAAAACGUAAAAUCUAUAGUUGGGUUCAAUUUUAAUACUAUAUAUGUAGAUGGAUACAAAAAUAGAUAGUCCAGAAUUAUUGGAUGUUAUUAAGAUAUUUAUACGAUAUUCGAUUUGUUUGUAACUUUAUAAAAAUGAGUAUUCAAAGAUUUUUUUAUCAGAAAUUUAAAUGAAAAAUCAUUUUUAUUUUACUUAAUUUUGUAAUUCAAAAAUUUUGAAUACAAACCAAAUUUCCAAGUUCCUUCAGUUCGAAUUUCAUUUCGAGUUUGACAAUAAAUCUUCAGAAUUCAGGAACGCUGUAAAUUUCUGUACGAAUUUUUUUAAACUCCUCCCAUAGAAUAAAAACAAUAAUUUUCAGUUCCUUUUCCUUUGUUACGUUUUUAUUUAUCCGUUGUUUUUCUUAGCUUUUCAUCAUUGUUUUUAGUUUGUAUUACCUGACAAAAAAAAUUCAAUUUGUUCGCUUACUUUUUGAAUUUAGUUACAAAUUUGACUGGCUCAAA